AAGUACUAAUUAUCUGCAAUUAUAUAUAUAUGUAUGAAUGAGAAGCCGGCCCAGGCUUGAGGAUAGUUCAACAGUUUAUAUCAAUACCUUCACAUUCAAAGAUAUGAAGAUAAUCAGCUUUUCUUCAUUAAGCCUUCUUCUAUUUCUUGUCAGCCUAACUGUUGGGAGUACCAUCACGGACAGGAAAGAUGAAAACGGACCAGAAAUCGCAGAUACAGAAAGCGUAGAUGAAAGCGGAGAUUAUGAAGAUGAAAGUGAGGAUUAUGAAGAUGAAAGCGGGGAUUAUGAAGAUGGAAGCGGGGAUUAUGAAGAUGGAAGUGGAGUUUAUGAUGAUGGAAAUGGAGAUGACGAUGAUGAUGAAAGUGAAGAAUAUUAUGAGAAUGAAGACUAUUAUCAAGAUGAUGAAUAUGAGUAUGAGGAGAAAAAAUAAGAAGAAUUAAGAUGAUAAUGAAAAAGUAUCUUUACAGUUCGAAAAUCGUUUUCAUAAAAUUAAUAUGUUAACGUUCGACUAAUCAACAAUUAUCAAUUUUAAACAUUUCUUUCACAAUUUAGUUUGUUUUCAUAAAUAAUUGGAAUAAUUAAGUGAAAUAAAUAUGAAA